CAUUUAUAAAACUUUGCGUAGGAUUUGCGUCAGAAGUGGCGUACGGAUAAAACAUAGGACGAGCGUACGCACAGAAAUAAUCGGAUUUAUAAAACCGUGCGCACGCACAUCCUACGCAUUUUUCCCUUAAUAAAUCACAAUCAAUUCUAAAUGUAGCGCAGCUUUUGCGGCUUCAUGACACGCCCAUAGUUGUCCAUAAAUAGUCCGUGAAACGCCCACAAGUUAAUAUGCAUUGAUUGCGAAAUGAUGGCAAACACAGAGAGGAAAUCCAAAAAACGUAACUUCACUCAAUGUGAAGUAGAAGUUAUCGUUGGCGAGGUGGAAAAGAGGAGAAAAAUGUUGUUUGGAGGGCACAGUGUGGGCAUUACUAAUGCCAAAAAGGCACUUGAGUGGCAAACGGUGGCAGACGCUGUAAAUGCUGUAGCCUCACAACCUCGGACCGUGGCCGAAAUAAAAAAGAAAUGGUCGGACAUCAAAGUCGAGGCAAAAAAACGUCUCGCGCUCCAUCGCCAGAGUGUGUCUGCCACGGGUGGGGGAAAGGGGACACCGGAGCUGACCCCUCUUGAUGAGAGACUGGCGGCAAUUAUUGGGGAAGCCCUAUUAAGUGGAGUGGUGACUGAGGCGGAGGGGGACACUGACGCGCCAGAUGCACCGGGUGACACAGUUGCUGGGUGUUCCAGCGGGGCCAGUGGUUACGAUGCUGCAGCUGAGCAGCCGUCUGGACCCAGCGUCUCCACGGCACGCGGCUCUCAACCCUCCAGCAGUGGACGUGUCCUCACCGAUGCAGUCCUUGAAAUGCAGAGGGAAGUCAUUGGAUCAAUCAGAGAGGUGGCCAAGGAGUUGGGCGAAAUCAAGACUGCGCUGACUGAAAUAAACUGCACGAUGAGGGAAUUCUUAAAUAAAUAAUAUUUUCCACACCUUUUGUUGUUCUUUACAAGCGACGCAUCACUUCCAAACGCAGGUGCACAGCAGCAGCAUUUGGCUCAAAUGCCUGGGGAUGGGGUUCAGGGUCGCGGCCAACACAGCAAUCGGCGCCAGGAGGUAGAGGCACGUUUUUAAGCUGUGCCACAUUGUGUAGCACAGCACAUGCCAUCACGAUUUGGCACACCUUUUCAGGCGUGUACAAUAACCUCCCUCCAGUGCAGUCGAGGCAGCGCCAUCUGCCCUUCAACAGGCCGAUGGUGCGCUCCACUACAGCGCGAGCUCGGCUGUGGCACAUGUUGUAGUGCCUUUCCUCUGCACUAUGUGGGUUGAGGAAAGGCGUACGGAGCCACUGUUUGAGAGGAUAUCCACUGUCCCCUGUAAGGAUAGUGAAAGGGUUAAGACAUUGAAGUACAUUAAAAUGUGAAUGUCUAUAAUCAAACGUACCUAGAAGCCAGCCAUCACGUAUAGCACCAGCCUCGAGUCUGCGUCCAACACUGCUGUGUCUUAAAAUAAAUGAGUCAUGGGUUGACCCGGGCCACCGAGCUACUACAUUAGUGAGCAACAUGUGUGCAUCACAAAUAAUUUGGACAUUGAUUGAAUGAAAAUGCUUUCGAUUAAUGAAAGCAUUUUCAUUAACGUUCGGUGCCCUUAUGGCAACAUGAGUGCAAUCAAUAGCACCGAGGACAUUUGGGAAACCAUACAUGGCUGCAAAUUGUGCUUUCUUGUUUGCCUGUUCACCCGCCGUGUAUGGAAACUUUAUGGAAUCAUGGGACGAAGCUAUUAUGCCUUUUAAUACGUCUGGCAUUACCCGGCUAAGGGUCGGCUGAGAUAUUCCUGACCUGUCAGCCAAUUCCCUCUGAAAAGUGCCAGUCGCCAGGAAUCCUAGUGUUGUUAGGACUUGAAGUGGGACUGGCACGGCGUGGUUCCUCCGAGUGCUCCUCUGUAACGCCGGGCCCAAAAGCCCGCAGAGGUCCAACAGGACGGCUCGAGGAAGUCGGAACCGGCUCAUAAGCCACUCGUCCUCGUUUGCCAGCAAGUCUUCUUGCUGUCUAAAGAUGCGGUCACUCCGAAUCCUUCCAUUUGCCACAUCUUCUAAGAGCGCAAGGUCAGCCAUUGUGCGUCAUUACGCAUUGUGAUAGGGCAUUUUAUUUUCAUCCAUUUAAUUGCAUCUGACAAGCUACAGAUGUCGGUAAUAAUCGACGUGGAAAUGGGACAUUGUAAUUUCAAAAAUAAAUCAAAAUAAUCAAAAAUAAAACACACUAAAGGCAUAUGCAUGAAUACCAUAAUUCCGUAGAUUAUGAAGAUAUGGUUUACUAUGAAAACAACUUUCCCCAGUGGACAAUUAAUACAUCUAUCUAUCUAUCUAUCUAUCUAUCUAUCUAUCUAUCUAUCUAUCUAUCUAUCUAUCUAUCUAUCUAUCUAUCUAUCUAUCUAUCUA